UCUGCAAUAGUGUAAACAAUAAUUUAUUGCAAGAAACAGUUCCAUCAAUGGAAAUUCAAAAAAAUAAAAUUGUUCUACUAGUCAUCUUGAUAAUUCAAUUGGUCCAAUGUAAUUGUAAUAAUAACUACUAUAAUGAGUUUGUGUCCAAGCUACGACUGAAAAGGGAUUUAACAAAAUGGAAGGAAUUGUUUCCAAACAUGUCCUUUCAUAGAAAUCUUCACAAUUUACCGGAAAAUUCCAUAUAUUGUACAGGACCAAUAACCUCCGGAUCAGCACGUUAUGGAUUUUUACGAAAAUACUAUUUAGUAAUAAACGGAAAACCUGAAAGCUAUGUCAAUUCAUUAAAGUGUAUAUAUCCUAGAUCAUUAGAAUUUCCUGAUUUGGCUGAUGAAAAGCCAUUAAGGGGUAUUGAUAAAUUCCGUGAAGCCUUUCUAUUAGAAACAAAAAAUUUUAGAGAGUUUUUAGAUAAAGUCAAUAAAGGUGAAAAACCAGAGCCAUAUAAAACUAUGGAUAUUGAAGCUUUGACGGAUGAUAUUUUAAAUGAUAUUUUUCAUCACAAACCAGAUCCUUUAGACGCUUUAAAAAGUUCUGCUCCAAAUGGUGUUAUUUGUGAACGUCUAACAUUUAGUGAAACAAAUAUAGAAGGAAUAGUUACAGAUAUUCAACGACCCAUAUGCUAUCCGGCCCCAAAACCACCGUUGCCAGCAACAACCACUUCACCGACAACGAAAAAAUAUCCAACUUUAACUAAAAGUAAUGAUUCUAAAUUUGUUGAUAAGGCAUGUCAGAUUCUUUGUUAUGCGGGUCUAAUAUAUCAAUUACUUGCCUGUUGUAAGUAAUACUUUUGCCCUUCAUUUGGAAUUCCUAAUUUGCAAAAUAUUAUUCAAAAAAAUAUGUAAAAAAUCUUAUAUUUUUCCUCCUUUUUCAUCAAUUAAGAUUGUUCAUUUUUUAUUAAGCAUUUUAGUAGAAAAUUAGAGAAAUUUAUUACAAUGAAAAUAAAAUGAUUAUUUAAUACAA